AUGCCGGCCACAGAUGUCGGAGAUCUGCGCGAUGUAGUCGACGCCAUCAACAAACUGUGCGAUGACAUGAAGACGUCUACCUACGAUGAGGAAGUUGCAGAGGAAACGACAGAAGAAGCUGAAGUUAAGGUGCACCGUUACGAGGAAACAGCGGAACAAGAAACCACCGAACAAGCUGAAGUUGAGCUGCACCAAUACAGGGAAACCGCGGAACAAACCCAGGUAGAGGAAACGUCCGAGCAGACUCACACCGAGGUAACCCACCAGUAUGAGGAAUAUGUCACAGAGGACAAGGUGGAGACGCCGCAAUACACGGAGUACCGAGACGUGGAGCUGGCGAAUCCAGAGGAUAUAUGCGUGCAGCGCGUGGAAACCUACCACGCGGUGGAAACGUACCACGCGGAGCGAACGGAAACGUACAACACAGAGCGCUGGAGCGACUCGGCGUCGCAACUAUCAGUCCCGGACGUGACGUCAGACGCGCCUGCGCACGAGCCCGUCAGCGAAAUGUACUUCACCGCGUCCUCCGAAGUAUCUCUCCUCUCUGAUACGGAACUCCCUGACCGACCCAUGGAGGAUUCCAUCUGUAGUCAGGAGAAUAAAGAUGAGAGGAAGGAGGUGGUGAUAGCUGGACAUGUGGCGGCGAUGAGGGAGCGGUUUGAAAGCAUGACGCGUGCCAACACGCCCUGCCCUGAUCUGUUGCGGUCGCUUUCGCCCUCGCUCGACGCCGUCCGGGGCGCCACGCCUGAACCCGACCUAGGGUAGACUGUAGGUGGUGAACAGUAGGGCUGGAUUAGGGUUGUCGCCGUGGGGAAAGGAUUAGUUAAAUUAGCGCCAUUCGCCGAUUGCUCUGGGUGGGCCGGACGUAUGUAUGUAAGGUACAGUGGGUUGGGUAGUCUUUCCGGGAGGCACUUUCCUUUGCACCCCUGGCGUCAAAGUGUGAUAGAUAAUGCAUUAUGUUCUUAGCAAUAUUAGGCAGUGUAACCUGCACGGUGGAUUUUCUCCUCAAUUAUUGGUAAUAAUUAAAUAAAUAGGGGAAGACUGAUAGGGGAAGCGUAGCGUCGGAUGUUAGGUAUAAUAAAAUCAUAAGAGAAUGUGAUUGAGUAACUUGUAGGUACGUAUUGUAGUAGGUAUAAUUUGUAUAAUGUUAAUCAGUAUUCAUUACUCACGUUAUUCUGAAUCAUUGCUAGUCGUCGUUCAUGUAUUUAACCAUCUGUAAAGGACGUGCCAAUAAGGGUGUGUUCACAAAUAGCUAAGGGUUGUGAAUUAUUUUGUAGCUUCGCUCUUUUUAUAGGAAAUACUACUAGGUAUGAUUAUUUUAAAGAAAUAGUACUAACGACUUGGUACAUAUCUUAAAUUUACUCGUUAGGUAGGUACUGUUAGCAAUAUAUGUAAAUCUUGGUAUUGUAUUUAAUAGGAAAGUAAAUGAGCAUGUAUAAAUACAUUGAAUUAUCUUUAGUGUACUAUUCUUAAUAAAGUGGUGGUCGUAUUGUGAUUUAGAAACGCUCAAGUUUAUAUUAGCCUUUUACAUUAUACUUAUCUCAGACCAACCGUGCAUCGAUAUUGACUAGCUUUUUGUCAUUAAUCCUAUUUAUCUACUUAUUGAAAAGCAUGUUUAAAAACCUGUCUAAUAUUAUUAACUAUUUUAUAGCAUAUGGGACGGGUCUCCCACAUCUAAAGUUGCCAUACGUAGCGUUAAGUACCUAACAAUUUGUUGUAACAUUGGAAUUUAAUAGUUUUGUUUAAUUAAUAGCUGUUAUGAUUGAAUAUUGCAUUUUAUUGGGUUAAUAAAUGGAUUUAUUCGCAGUAAU